UUACAGAUGUCACCCAGCAAGUCUACGUGCAUCUCGAUCUUAUUCAUAAAGUUUCUCAAUGCUCAAUGAGCAGAUACGUGGCCCCUGGACUGGCCCUCUGCUGCUAGAUGGUUCUUCUGGUGGUGGAGUGCCUCUGAAGCACCGUCCUUAGACGUAGAAAGUCAUCGAACCCUCGCGGAGUUUCUUCAAAGCCUGUGCUCGGCCGCCAUCGAUCUUGCAUAUAAUGAUACCGUCUUCAUCCCUUAGAAGCUGACGCUCGCUCAUUUCCUACACUUGCCAUCAUCAUGCUGACCAAUAGAGCGCGACUCGCUGCAAGGCGCAUUGUGCCUGUAGCCACGCGACAGCUUCCUAUCCGAACGUCGCCGCUAUGUCAAAUAUCUGUUGUUCCAUCACCUCGAAGUCUGAUCAGACCGGUCACAGCUGCCAGAGGCUAUGCUAAUGGACGACCUCAUCCUCCAGGCGGAACACAUAAAAUGAACCUGGGUGGAGAACCAGAAAAGCCAGCAUUGGAGCAGUAUGGCGUAGACCUGACAGCACGAGCUCGAGACGGCAAGUUAGACCCUGUUAUCGGACGAGACGGUGAAAUACAACGGACAAUACAGAUAUUGUCGAGAAGGACGAAGAACAAUCCUGUCGUCAUUGGAAGUGCUGGUACUGGCAAAACAGCAAUACUCGAAGGCCUAGCUCAGCGCAUCGUAAAAGGCGACGUACCCGAAUCGAUCAAGGACAAACGCGUAAUAUCGCUCGAUCUAGGGUCGCUCAUCGCUGGCGCGAAGUUUCGAGGCGAUUUCGAGGAGCGUUUAAAGAAUGUCUUGAAGGAGGUAGAGGAGGCGAAAAAGGGCGUGAUACUGUUCGUCGACGAACUGCAUACACUUCUAGGUCUAGGCAAGGCUGAAGGAAGCAUCGACGCGAGCAAUCUACUGAAGCCGGCACUCAGUCGGGGUGAGCUCCAGCUUUGUGGCGCAACGACACUGAACGAGUACCGGCAAAUCGAAAAGGACGCGGCGCUUGCAAGGCGCUUCCAACCCAUCGUAGUAGGAGAGCCUACUGUACAGGACACCAUCUCCAUCUUGCGAGGCAUAAAGGAGCGAUAUGAGGUUCACCACGGUGUACGCAUUACGGACAACGCUCUGGUAGCCGCUGCCUCGUACAGCAACCGAUACAUUACGGACCGCUUCCUACCCGACAAGGCGAUCGAUCUAGUCGAUGAAGCCGCUAGCGCACUACGAUUACAACAAGAAAGCAAACCGGAUGCUAUUCAGGAGCUCGACCGUCAGAUCAUGACCAUACAAAUCGAGCUCGAGUCACUUCGCAAAGAGACUGAUAUUGCCAGCAAGGAACGACGUGAACGCUUGGAACAGUCGUUGAAACAGAAGCAGGAUGAAGUCAAGGUGCUGAUGGAGAAAUGGGACAAGGAGCGCGCAGAGCUGGAUGAAAUCAAGAAUGCGCAAGAAAACUUAGAGAAAGCCAAAUUGGAACUCGAGCAGGCUCGCCGGGAGGGCAACUUCGCCAAGGCUGGAGAGCUCCAGUACAGUAGGAUCCCAGAACUGGAACAGAAGUUGCCCAAUGACGAGGGAGUGGCGGCAGGUGCGAGUCGUCCAGACUCAUUACUACACGACUCUGUUACCGCUGACGAUAUCGCCUCUGUUGUCUCACGAACCACUGGCAUCCCGUUAUCGAAGUUGAAUAGCGGCGAAAGCGAAAAGCUGAUCCAUAUGGAAGAUUCCUUACGCCAAUACGUCAAAGGCCAGGACGAGGCUCUCACCGCUGUUGCAAACGCCAUCCGCUUGCAAAGAGCGGGUCUAUCUGGAGAGAAUAGACCCAUCGCGUCCUUCAUGAUGCUUGGACCAACUGGUGUGGGCAAGACGGAGGUCUGCAAAAGAUUGGCGGAGUAUCUCUUCAGCACGCCUCAGGCCGUUCUUCGGUUCGACAUGAGUGAGUUUAGCGAAAAGCACACUGUCUCGCGCCUUAUUGGCUCACCUGCGGGUUAUGUCGGCUACGAGGACGCAGGACAACUCACCGAGGCAGUACGGCGCAAGCCUUACGCCGUGCUACUGUUCGAUGAGUGGGAGAAGGCUCACAAGGAUAUCUCGACACUUCUUCUCCAAGUACUCGACGAAGGCUUUCUCACGGACGCACAAGGCCACAAAGUUGAUUUCCGCAAUACCAUUAUUGUUAUGACCUCGAAUCUUGGAGCGGACAUCAUCGUUGGAGACGAUGCUCUUUAUUCGGCCGACAAGGAUUCGAGCGAGAUAUCGCCCGCAGUUCGCAGCGCCGUCAUGGAUGUUGUGUCCGCUACGUACCCACCCGAGUUUCUCAAUCGACUAGAUGAAUUCAUCGUCUUCCGACGUUUGUCCCGAGAAGCUCUGCGAGAUAUUGUAGACAUUCGGUUGAAGGAACUUCAGCAGCGCCUAGACGAUCGAAGAAUAGCCCUCGAUUGCCCAGACGAGGCUAAGCAAUGGCUCUGCGAUCGUGGCUACGAUCCGAAAUUUGGCGCGCGACCUUUGAACAGGCUCAUUGCGAGAGAGAUAGGCAAUGGCCUUGCAGACAAGCUCAUCCGUGGAGAGAUUCGAAGCGGUGAUGUAGCCAAGGUCACCAUUAAAGAAGAUGGCUCUGGCCUUUCUGUCGCUGCAUCAUUAACUUGAUGCGGCGAGAUUUGAUAACGAAGACACGACUGUACAACAGAAAGUAAUUGUACUAUAGCAUAGCAUCGUUGGCGUUCAGUAGGUAGCAUAUUUCUCUCCAAAUGGUUAAAACUCAAUGUAAAGAUACUCUGCUCACA